GUGAGUGGAAGUUCCCUGCUUGUACCACUGCUCUGGCAAUCAUGACUCCCUGCCUGGCUCUCUGCUUCAUCCUCCUCCUACAACAAGUGGCGUCACAGAGAUGCCCGUCCCAGUGUGACCAGUGUCCUGAGGAACCACCCAGCUGCGCCCCCUCCGUGCCACUCGUACUAGAUGGUUGUGCCUGCUGCCCAGUGUGUGCCCGGCAGGAGGGAGAGAGCUGCUCUGAGAUGCACCCCUGCCAAGAGGACAAAGGGCUUUACUGUGAAUUCAAUGCAGACCCGAGGACAGAGGCUGGCAUCUGCAUGGCUCUGGAAGGCAACAACUGCAUCUUUGAUGGGGUGGUGUAUCGCAACAGAGCGACCUUCCAGCCCAGCUGUAAAUACCAUUGUACUUGCCUGAACGGCCACAUUGGCUGCGUGCCCCGCUGUAACCUCGACUUGAUGCUCCCUGGCCCCGACUGCCCUUUCCCAAGGAGGGUGAAGGUGCCCGGCGAAUGCUGCGAGAAGUGGGUUUGUGAUUCCAAAGAGGAGAUGGCGAUCGGUGGCUUUGCCAUGGCCGCCUACAGACCAGAGGCCACUCUCGGGAUCGAUGCCUCGGACAUGUUCACGUGCAUUGCCCAGACGACAGAAUGGAGUGCUUGCUCCAAGACGUGCGGAAUGGGCGUCUCCUCUAGGGUGACCAACCGCAACCCUCGCUGUGAGAUGCAGAAACAGAUCCGCCUGUGCAUGGUGAGGCCUUGUGAGGAGGAGCCUGGGUGGCACAUGGAGAAGAAAGGGAAGAGAUGUGUGCGAAUGAGAAAGACGACCAAACCCAUCCACCUUCACUACAAGAACUGCAGCAGCGUCCAGCCGUAUAAGCCCAAGUUCUGCGGGCAGUGUAGCGACGGCCGCUGCUGCACUCCUCACACCACCAAGACCAUGCACGUGGAGUUUGAGUGCCCUCAGAAACGGAUCAUUAAGAAACCAGUCAUGGUGGUCAGUACGUGUGUGUGCCAUUACAACUGCCCACGGGACGCCAGCCUGCUGCAGGUGGAUAACGCAAGGUUUCCUGGCCUGAACACCAAUUUACAUUUAUAGGUUCUGUAAAGUCUUAUUGACUGUGGGUUGGGCCUUGGUGUUAUAAGUGCAGCUCAGAAUGGGCAGAACCUUAUAGAACAAAUCAGGUCUUGGACUGGUUGGAAACCAAAGAGAGGAAUUGUCCUCCCAAUGAGGUGUUUCCGACCCAGAACACUAAGGGGCGCUGUGUGUAUAUCAACAAAUCAGUACUUCUUUAACUGAUAUACUUCACUGUGACCGGAGCAGCGCUGGGAUUAGUUCCGACCAGGGUUCCAUGCAGAGAAGCAAAUAUAGUGCUUGGACCCUGAUGAAACUAGAACUUUUGUGUGGCUUUGAAAUUGUAGACUGUAAUCUCCACUGGAGGUCUGGCACUUAUGGGAAUGAGUCAAGUGUCUCUGUAAAGGGCUGUUUUAAUAA